AUGAUAGUGGCCAAGCCCGAGCAGUGGGUGUCGGACAUCGCUGCGGCUGGCGGUGACCAGUUCACCUUCCACCUGGAGUCGGUGAAGGACCCACUCACCCUCAUUAAACAGAUCCGCGACGCCGGCAUGAAGGUGGGUCUGGCCGUCAAGCCUGUUACCAGUGCGGAGGCUGCCUUCCCGUACGUGAAGCUCGUGGACAUGGUGCUGGUCAUGACCGUGGAGCCGGGCUUCGGCGGCCAGAGCUUCAUGGCCGACAUGAUGCCCAAGGUGGAGACCAUUCGCGCCAAGUACCCGACGCUGGACAUCGAAGUGGACGGUGGACUGGGCCCCUCUACGGUCGACGCGGCUGCGGAGAACAGGAUCGUUGCUGGAAGUUCCGUGUUCAAGGCCGCGGACCCCAAGGCUAUAAUCUUGCAGAUGCGAGAAGUACGGCAAUGGCAACAGCGACGACCAGUUGACGAAGCUUUGAAAAGGUGGGAUUGCAGACGUACUGUGAGUUCGUGGUUGUACAGGAAUUAA